ACUUCAAAGUGGACGUAUUUGACAAAGGAAGUGUGUCAGUGCUGGAUGUGAAGAUGGCACACACUUUGCUCUGUGCAGUGGUGUUUCUCAUGCUGAAUACUCUCCUCCACUGUGGACGUGCUGAAGAUAAUCCCAGACCUGUUCUCACUGUGUCUCCCUCAUGGCUGAGGCCUGGAGACUCAGUUACUCUGAACUGCAGUGUAAACGAUCCAGAUAAAGGAUGGCUGUUCUACUGGUAUAAGGCUGUUCCCAGAAGAUCAAACAACUACAAUCAAAUGAACCUGUGUAGCAGCAGCAGCGGAACUGAACGUAACUCCUACAUUGUUAAUGGACAGACACACACAGCAGCUUACGUGUGUGGAGUUAAGAGAGAUAAUGCACAGAAUCUUACUUGGUUCAGCAAACCUAAGUUUGUCUUGUCAAGAGAUUCUCAGUCAACAUCAGUCAAAGUGAGUCCUGACCGAGUGCAACACAAUACCUCAGAUUCUGUCACAGUCAUCUGUGAGGGAAAAUCUGAUGAGUGGAGAGUGAUGAGACUGACUGAGGCGGGACAUCUGUCAAACUGUUCCAGCUGGGGGUCAAUGAAAGGAUCUACGUGCAGCAUCAACAAACACACGAAAAAAACAGCAGUGUACUGGUGCGAGUCUGGAUUGGGUCAAUUCAGCAACGCAGUCAACAUCACUUUUCAAAAAGUGUCUCAGUCUGAAAACUCUUCAUUCCUCCUGCCAUUGCUCAGCGGACUGUUUGGUGGACUCUUAACUAUCAUUCUCCUGCUGGGGUUGUGUUUCUACAUAAAGUCAAAGAAAACAAAGGUUGCCAGGAUCAAAAAGACUCAGAGAACCAAUCAGGGCUCUGCUGAAGAUGAAGUGAUUAACCACAGCGGAACUCCCACUGAUGUGCAAUCCUCUUACCCGAAUGAUGCUGAUGAACUGAAUGAAGUCACGUACUCUAUGAUUGAGUUUAAAAACAUAAGAAGCAAAGGGAAGUCAUUUCCAGCAGAAUCCGAUGAUACUGUUUAUUCUCAAGUCAAACCAGGAACACUUACUGGAAAACUGGACGUGAGGAUGGGACUCACUUCGCACUGGAUAUUGGGUUUUUUCUGGACGGUUUCCUCCAUAAAGUAUGGACAUGGUGAAGCAGCACAACAGGUGAAUGUCACCUUGAGAGCUGACAGCACAACCAUACCAGUGGGAGGACAAGUGGCGCUGACCUGCUCCGUGGAUUACUUCUCCUCUGGAUGGAGGUACAAAUGGUUUAGAAGAGAAAAUGGUUCUUCUGUGGAAAUACCCGUGAGGAAUCGCAGACUUAGCUUUAACCCAACUAUCAGUGUCACAAAAGGAGGGGACUACUGGUGCAAAGCAGAUAGAAUGCUCUCGUCAGCCUUCACAGAGGACAGCGAUUUUGUCACCAUUCACCAACUAGUUUCCAACAGGGCUGUUGUGACUCUGGAGCCCAACGGGACUCAGAUAUUCAGUGGUGAGACGAAAACUCUCAGAUGUGAGAUCCAGGGAGGUGACGGCAUCGAAUGGGAGUAUGAAUGGACGACAAGCACCUCUAACAUACCACCAAGGUCCAAUGAGUACAAGAUUGGAAAAGUUGGUGCUUCCAAUGAUGGAGACUAUUAUUGUAAAGGUAGACAUAAAGGAGACGUUCAUUCAUCAACACAGUGGAGUGAGGCAGUCACACUGACAUUUUUCCCAAACAAGGCUGUUGCGACCAUACAACCCAAGUGGACUAAAAUCUAUAAAGGAGAGCUGAUUAUCUUCACGUGUGAGAUCGAGGAUGAAGGAAACACUGACUGGGUGUAUGAGUUGAAAACCAGCAGCUCCUAUAUUCCCCAAAUACAACUUCAGAUCUUGACUACUGCAGGUCCACUUCACACUGGAGACUACUCUUGUGUCGGCAUAAAAGCUAGUGACCGUUUAACCAUGACGGCAUGGAGUGAGUCCAUCCCUUUGAGGGUAUAUGACUAUAUACCCAAGCCCACUCUGGCUGUGUCUCCGUCUUGGCUGAGUCCUGGAGAUUCAGUAACUCUCAGCUGUGAAGUUGAACAUCCAUCUGCAGGAUGGAGGUUCUUCUGGUAUAAAGCUGUUCCAAAACUAUCUGAUAAGUCCUACAGCUAUGAGCUCCUGCCUGGUAGCAGCAAUGGGUCUGCACUUCAUUUCCAUGUCGUUCACGGACAGACACACACAGCUGGAUACGUGUGUAGAGCUGGAAGAGGGGACGAGAUAUAUUUCACGCGGUACAGUGAUCCAAAGUUUGUCUGGUCUGGAGACACUCAUUCAGCGUCUCUCACAGUGAGUUCUGACAGAGUGCAACACUUCACCACGGACUCUGUCACACUGAGCUGUAAGGGAAGCUCUGACACCUGGAGAGUGAAGGCAGCCAAUGACAAGAACUUUUGGUCAGACAAUUCGGACUGCGGGACAAUGACCGGAGCAACAUGCCAAGUUUCAGGAGUACAGGAGGCUCACACGGUGUACUGGUGUGAGUCUGGAUCAGGAGAGUUCAGCAAUGCAGUCAACAUCUCUGCUGACAAAAAAAAUAUGAUCCUGAUAAGUCCCGUUCAUCCUGUCACCGAGGGAGAUUCUUUCACUCUAGGCUGCAAGUUGAAGAACGGAACAUUUAAUUGCACCGUGUUUUUCUUUCUAAAUGACGAAAUCAUCGGGAGUGGUACUGCAGGGACGCUGAAAAUCUCUGCAGCGUCUAAGUCAGACGAAGGCCUGUACAAAUGUAAAUGUGGGAAGAAACAGUCACCACAGAGUUGGGUGGCAAUAAAAUCAACACCAGAAUCCUUGUCUCUUGUUCCGGUUCUUACUGGGCUCUUUUUUGGAGUUGGAGUUAUUGUUCUGGUACUUCUGCUGUGUUACUGCAAAAAAGUCAAAGAUCCACACUCUCACGGGAUGCUCCAGAGUCUGAACGCCAAUCGGGGCUCUGCUACAGAUCAAAUUACCAACCAGGAUGAAUAUCAACAUGUUUACUCUUCUCUUGCCCAUGGUGAUUUUUCUAUCUAUGAAUCCAUCGAUCCAAACCGCACAGGGAAUGGUGAGACGGUGUAUGAAAACACUGCUGUUACUCUUCCUCCUACUGAGCUAAAUCAUCUCCAGAUAUACAGUAAACUUGAUGUUUCAACAGAUGUCUCUGGGGAUUAUGUGAAUCAAAACUCAGCAACAGGUCUAUGAAAAGAAGGGCAUCAUCAA